AUGUACACCACUUUGUCAAUGGGUCAAGGCAACUAUCUCCCAUAUAAUGUUCGACAGUCCCAUUGGGUGGCAGUAGAAGUCGACUUUGUGCGACAUACUGUCACUGUCUAUGACUCGUAUUCUGAUUUUACCUCCAACAGUAUGCUUGUCCGAUUCAUGGAGCCUAUUACCCAUACGCUUGCAAAGGUGCUGCAUGAAAUGAGGUUUUAUGAGAAAUCGGAGGUUGAAGCGGUGAAGAGAAAGGGGACUGACAUGUCAAACUUUAACCCAUUCACAAUUUGCAGAAUUUCCGAUGUUCCUCAACAAAGUGAUGGGUGCACUUCUAACUUGUCCACUGCUCGGGUGGACAGUACUUCAUGUGGCAUUAUGACAGUCAAAUAUAUUGAGUACCUUAGUGCCGGCAUUCCUUUACAUACCAUUGACCCAUCCAAGUUUGGCUACUACCGAUUGAAGCUUGCAAUCGAGGCUUUCAGGGGGGGGGCCUAUAAUGUGCAGGUUGAUGGUGUACGGUCUGCCUUGAAUGCAAUUGGAUUCAAUGACAUUGAGAUUUUGAUUGCUGAGACUGGAUGGCCAUACCGUGGAGAUAGCAAUGAGGUUGGACCUAGUGUUGAGAAUGCAAGGGCAUAUAAUGGCAAUUUGAUUGCACACCUUAGAUCCCAGGUUGGAACUCCAUUGAUGCCUGGAAAAUCUGUCGAGACUUAUAUCUUUGCACUCUAUGAUGAGGAUUUGAAACCCGGCGGGACCUCCGAGCGGUCAUUCGGGCUGUACAAGCCUGAUCUAACCGUGACAUACGAUGUUGGUCUCUCAAAGAGCAGCCAGACACCAUCAACACCCUCGACAUCGACACCAACGACACCAAGAGUGACUCCUUCACCUAAGCCUAGUUCAGCAUGGUGUGUGCCCAAAGCUGGCGUUUCUGAUGCUCAAUUGCAGGCAAAUCUUGACUAUGCUUGUGGCCACGGCAUUGAUUGCAGUGCAAUCCAACCGGGAGGCGGUUGUUUCGACCCGAACACCGUAGCAUCCCAUGCUGCCUAUGCCAUGAAUCUCUAUUAUCAUACUGUUGGGACAAUUCCACUCAAUUGUGAUUUCUCACAGACAGCAACUCUCACAUCCUCAAAUCCCAGUUAUAAUGCUUGCACUUACCCUGGUGGAAAUACAUGACUACAUGGUGGUGAAGCAAAGAAAAUUAAUAUGAUAUCUAGUGGGGGAUUUGUUAAGGUUAGAAAUCAACUGAAUAUAAGGAAUAAGGUCUUGGUGUGCUUUUUGUUGUUGUUAAAUUAUUAUAUAUAGCCCUUUAAUUGUAAAGAUUCCUAGUUGUUAUUGGGAUAUCUGUUAAUUGUAAGAACUCUAGUAUACUAUUUGGGAAUGUGAAUGUACUGCUUCUCUCCUUUGCCUACGCAAAUAUAAUUGGUAAAA